CCACCUUCACACAAGCUGAGUUAUCGCGAUAGGCCUACUACAUACGAUACGGGAUCUCAAGGACGGUCGCUGUAACGGUCCCCCGCAACAGGCUUGCACUUGCCGCUUCUUUUGGUAGCGAAGCGCGUGAUCUGGUCAUUUCACGACAUCCUUCUUCUUAGCCUUGCUGGCGUCUCACAGCGGAAGCGCAAGAGAAAAGAUGGCGGGCGACUUUGCUGCUUUCGAGGCGAAGAUGAAGGCCGCGAACCUUUCGCAAGCCGCGAUAGCGGCCUUCAAGAAGAACUACGACCAGCUGGUGGCUGGUGUGACCGGCAUGGUGGCGGAGGCCGACAUCUCCAGCGCCGACGGGCUGCCGUACCUCACCUCCCUGCCGCACGUGUCUCCCGCGGAUGCCAAGUCGCUGCUGUCCGCCACGGCUGUGCUCAAGCUGAACGGCGGGCUGGGCACCAGUAUGGGUCUGGAGAAGGCCAAGAGCCUGCUGGUGGUCAAGGACGGCAAGACCUUCCUGGACCUCAUCUGCGAGCAGGUGAAGCACAUGCGCGCCACGUACGGCAGCCAGGUGGUGUUCACGCUCAUGAACAGCUUCAGCACCAGCGACGACACUCGCGCCUUCCUGGCGGCGGCACACCCAGACCUGCUGCAGGAGCCCCUGAUUGAGCUGCUUCAGAACAAGAGCCCCAAGGUGGACGCCGCCAGCCUCAGCCCCGCCAGCUACCCCGCGCAGCCCGACAUGGAGUGGUGCCCCCCCGGCCACGGCGACAUCUACCCCUCAUUGCUGGGCAGUGGCAUGCUGGACGCGCUGGCCGGGCAGGGCAUCAAGUACCUGUUUGUGUCCAACUCGGACAACCUGGGCGCCACGCUGGAUCUGGACCUGUUGCACUACUUCGCCACCAGCAACAAGGCCUUCCUCAUGGAGGUUUGCGAGCGCACCGCUGCGGACAAGAAGGGCGGCCACCUGUGUGUGCGCAAGGCCGACGGGCGGCUGAUGCUGCGUGAGAGCGCCAUGUGCCCCGACGCCGACAAAAAGGCGUUCGAGGACAUCGCCAAGCACAAGUACUUCAACACCAACAACCUGUGGGUGUCGCUGGAGGCGCUGGCGGCCACCCUUAAGUCCUCGGGCGGCGCCUUGGACCUGCCGCUCAUCAAGAACAAGAAGACCGUCAACCCGCGCGACGCCGCCAGCCCGCCCGUGUUCCAGCUGGAGACGGCCAUGGGGUCCGCCAUCGAGUGCUUCGACAGCGCGGGCGCCAUCGUGGUCCCGCGCUCCCGCUUCGCGCCCGUCAAGACCUGCUCGGACCUGUUCGUGCUGCGCAGCGACGCCUACGUCAUUGCCGAGGACUCCACCGUGGCAGUGGCGCCCGCGCUCAAGGGCGCCAUCCCGCUGGUGAAGCUGGACGAUGGCCACUACAAGCUGGUGGACCAAAUGGAGGCGCUGGCCCCCGCCGUGCCCAGCCUGCUGCACGCCAGCUCGCUCACCGUCAAGGGAGCUGUCAAGUUCUCGCCAGGUGUGGUGCUCAAGGGCGAAGUGACGCUGGAGGCGGAGGGCUCGGGUCCGGCUGUGCUGACCGCGGGCGAGUACAGCGGUGCGGUCAAGCUGGGCGAGCCAGCCAAGGUGGCGGCGUGAGGAGAAGGUGGAGGCGGCGUGAAAAGGAGGUGGCUGAAUCUAGCAGCGGUAGCAGCAGAAGCAGAAGCAGUGGCAGGAUCAACAGAAAGCUGAGGCCGAGGAGCAGUGGCAGUGGCAGUGGUCUCAGCGGCAAGGCUGGAAGGUGUGGACUCCUUGCUGGCAGGCGGGUUGCCGUAGCGGGACUACCGUUUGUACGGCUGCAGCGGCUGCCGCACUGCGAUGAGGUGUGGUGUGGACGCCGUCAGCAUCCGUGUCUAAUGCGGUGCGGCAAGUACGGCGUUAGGGGCGGUGGAGGUGGAGGUAGUGAGGGAGGGACAGCAGCUGGAUGGUGCGAGCCCAGCAAGGGAGGGUCGCCGCGGCAGCACCCGGUAGCACCGCAUCGCAAUGCGAGACGUGCACCAGGGUUCCAGGCUCUGCGGCAGACGCGGGUGACCGGGCGGCUGACUCGGAUUAGUGGGCGGCCACUCAAAGCCGCGGGCGAGGGGGUCAGGAAUAGUCGGCGGUUGACCUGGAUUAGCCGGCGGCCCACCCAGAUUAGCCCCGGGCCCACUCGCGGUGAGGCCCGCAACCCCUCCCGAGCGGGUUAACCACACCCAGGUUAGCCUCCUCCUAACUUCAGGUCCUGGUGGAGGCGGCGUGUCAUCGCUCUGGCGGGACUGCGGGCAGUCGGAUGAGGCGUGGCAUGCAUCUAUUUGCCCGCGUGCGAGUCAUUUAUCAAAAAGCCAAGCGAUGUAUUGCCUUCUGUAGUGCUGCUCACUCACUGUGUAAAACAGCAAGGAC